AUGGCCUCGUCUACUCUCCGUCCCCACCGCUCUCCCUCUCCUUCACCCGGCUCUGGUCAAGCCAUCAACCCCAACAACCCCGCGAAGCUUACGCGUCAAUCACUCGGUCCGCCCACCACGUCUGGCAACUCGUCGGCGGCGCGCGGUUUCGGCGCACUUGGCACUUCGCCCAGCAACAGCUCGGGCUUCUCCUCCCAGCCCCGCCACGUCUCGAGCUCGGUCGCCAUGGGUCUCGGCAGCAUGUCCAACCAACGCGACUCGCUCUCCCCGCGCCCCGCGACGCUGACCGGCCGCGCCGUCAGCGGCAGCUCUAACCAGGGGCGCCCCUCGUCCGAAUUCCUGCCCACUGGCGCAGCGCGCGAGCAGGCCCGGACGCCCGAGGCGGAGCAGAUUGACCAGUGGUUCAAGCACCUCGCCUCGUGGGAGGCCACUCUCGAGGAGAUGGCCGCGGCGAGCACGGACCAGAACUUCACUGAGGAGCUUGGUGCCAUUGAGCAGUGGUUCCGCGUUCUGUCCGAGGCCGAGCGAACCGCCGCGCUGUACUCGCUCCUCCAGCACUCGACUCCUGUGCAGAUCCGUUUCUUCCUCAGCGUUCUCCACCACAUGGCUCAGGCAGACCCGUUGACCGCGAUGCUGUCACCAAACCCCGCGGCUGGCCCGGCUGCCGCCGCCGCUCACUCCCAGAUGGACAGCAAGCUCGCUGGCAUGGGUCUCAAGUCGCCAUCCGCUGGCGGCGGCGGUGCCGGCUUUGCUGGCUCGCCCACUACAAACAACUACCUUGCGCCCGAGUCGGCUCUUGAGUCGGCCAUGUCCAAGCCCAAGAUACGCCAGAACCGCAUCUCGGCCCCAGGUACGCUGACUUCGUCGAACGAGUCGCGCUGGUCGAGCAACCUUGACCAGGUCAUUGAGCGUGGUCCUUCGCCAGGCCUCGAGAGUGUGCGUAGCCGCAGCCCUCAGCCUGACAUGCGCCCCAAGUCGACCGACUUUGCAGGUGGCGCUGGCGCCCACGACGACCGUUACCACUCGCACUCGGCGAACACCCCGCGUCUCAGUGCUGGCCCUGGCUCGCUUGGUCUCGGCCUUCCCGGCUCGGACCAGUCGCCCAACGCGACUAGCCCACUGCUUAACCCCUCAGGCAACUGGUCGUCGAUGCAGAACACGCCCAUGAACACCAUGUUCCACCAGGACAAGGAGGUCAACUUGGCGUCCAGCCUUGCCAGCUUGCAGAUGGCCGCUGGCGCAGCGGCUGCCGCCAAUCGCGUUCAACUUGAAGAUGCCCGCAAGUACCGCCGUCCCAUGGGAGGUCCCUCGGCGCCCUCAAGCCGCAACGUCUCGGGCGCGUCGGCGUACGGUGACGACGACGGUCGUACGUCGCCCUUCCCGCCCUCGGGCAACGCCUUUGGAUGGAACAACGGGGGCAGCAACCGUAGCGGCGGCGACUUUGGUGGUUUGGGUCUCGGCGACCCAAGCCUUGCCAAUCUGAACAUGAAUCUCGCAAGCCUCAACCUCGGUGGGAUCAAUGCGCUCAGCAACCCUCUCGCUAGUCCCAACGCCAUGCAGGUCUUGGCGCUUGCGCAAGCUCAGGCUCAGGCCCAGGCCCAGGCGCAGCAGGUUGCGCAGGCCGCGCAAGCGCAGCUUGGGUACGGUGGGAUGGGGCAGAACCUGAACGCGCCGCGUCCCAGCAACCGCGUCCCCUCUGGGCGCCGCAGCCCCAUGAUGGGCCACAAGGCGGCAAGCCCCGGCCCCGCCGGCGCAUUGGGCGGUGGUGGUGCGGGUGGUGGUGCGGGUGUCGCGGGCCCCGACGACGUCGACCAAAAGGUCCUCGAGGAUGUCUCGACGUGGCUGCGCGUCCUCCGUCUCCACAAAUACACCACCAACUUUGAGAGCUCGCACUGGCGUGACAUGGUCAUGAUGAACGAGGGCGACCUUGAGCGGCACGGCGUGACGGCGCAGGGAGCGCGCAGCAAGUUCCUCAAGGUGUUCUACAAUGUGCGCACCAAGUUUGACAUUCCACACCCGCCCGGGCAGGAGGAGUUUGCCCCCACCAAGGAGUAG